UUAGUUGUACAUUAGCGCAAAUAUACAUACAUACAUUCAAGACGUUGUCUGAUAGCUGGCAUUCGCCACUCGCCGCCGAUCAUCGGCUCUAUAUAUAUGCGCUGGCACAGCUCGUAGCCACAGAUCGUACGUAUGCUGAUCGUCAUUUAAUGUGCAUAGCAAAUUGCCAACAAUUCAGUCGUCUUUUGACUUUUGUGCGGAUAACUACCAAACGAACAAGGAUCACAGUGCAUUGAGCUACAAACAAAAGGAGAACAGCGCCCAGAGAGCCACACCAACAAAAAAAAAAAAAAAACAACAACAGCAGCGACAGCGACCAGUGUUAAAACGUUCCAAAUCGCCGAGUAAUUUGGUUCAUUCGAAUUUUCUGUGCUGAACGGUGCAAAGAAACCGUUUUCCAAUGUCGAUUAAUUCGCCAAUACACACAAACUCUGACCUGAUUUAAACAGGCAAAAAGCAGGCAACCAAUUCGUAUAGCAGUGCGUGUUAAAAACAACAACAAAAACAACAGCAAUUAGAACAACGCCACACAUAAAGGGUGUUGUUUUUUCGUUUCCGUUUCGUUUUCGAAAAUAUUAUCUAUCAGUUUCGUUUUACGUUUCCCGUUAUUUUCUUGUUUUUUUUUUUUAACUGCGUUUCGCUCAUUUAUACUUGGUGUUGAGCCAUAAUUGGAGAGAAAAAAAAGUGAGUGUAACACAAAACCUAUACGAAAGUGCGGUUCCAAAGCAGUUUUAGCAAAAAAUCACGUGCAAUUAAAUAUUUACUACAAAAACACAAAGCGCACAACAAAAACAAGUUUGACAUAGUAAACAAACUAGUGACUCAUUGGAACCAGAGACUUCCAGGCAAAUCAAAAUUGUAGACGACUACAGCGUCCGCUCGCGCUCUUAUAUAUCAGCUAAACGUUUGUAGCGUCGAUCAGUCGCUAGCGAGCAGUUACAGACGAUCGUGUGUUGCGAAACGUGCGUUUAGCGCGUUGCAAAGUACAAAACAAAAACAACUUUUACAUAUAAUUUAAUCACGUUUUCUGUGCAAAACAAUAUAAACAAUAUAGAAUUGUUGCGUAUUAACGGUGGUGAACUCAAACAACAAUCUGAAGAAACAAAGAAUUUAAUUUAUCCGGGCUUUGGCCGUUGUAUGGAGCUUUCUAAACAACCAUCGUAUUUUGGAGACGAGCCGGACCUCCUGUUCAAAAGCGCGCAGGGCCGGAAUAGUCUAUUUUCAACGUGUAACGGUGCUGCAGCCGCCUCCGCCGCCGCUCCAGCAACCGCUGCCGCUACAGCUACCGCUAUUCCAUUAACAAAUAACGCAACAGCCAAAAUUAAUCUAGAAACCUCAUUAAAUGAUUGCGAAAGUGGCUACGUGCCAACGGUUGGCCGUUGGGGCGCCGAAUGGCCAAGUUGACUCGCCGAAGCCAGCCUGGUGCGAUGUGGCGCCGCCGCCGCAAGCACAACAGCUGUUGAAGCAGCUGUUGUUGUUGGCUCCGGCGCCGAUGCCGGUCCAUCGGCGGGUACGGUACGAGUUGGAUUGACUACGAACACCGUUCCUGUUCAAGAUAGACCACAAACCAACAACGGCCAACGAAUUGUUGUCGCCCAACAGCAGCAAUGCAACGUGGACAACGACAACGAGACGUGGUCGACGGACAACCACCAUGAUGUUGAUGAAAGCCAUGUGGAUGAUGACAACGACACUGGUGGACGACGACACGGCGUUACAAAUGGUUACGAUGCAGUUGGUGCAGCCGCAGCAGCAGCAGCCACAACAACAACAAUUGACAGCAAAAUUAAAAAUGUUGAGAACAAAAUGGUGGAAGCUGUUGUGGCCGGUGCCAUUGCAUUUGACUCCGAUACGAUUAGAAACAUUGACAAAGUGGAUAAUGUGACAUCGAGUGCAUCAAUGGAACGCUGCUCGAACAUACGUAAACUACUUGAGGAGCAGCAUCGCAAAUGGUGGCGCAACCAAAUGCACGGCCAACAAGAGUGGUGGGCCGAUGAGGAUAGCUACAAUUUAACUGCAUUCAAUCAAAUCAAUGGAAUCUGGCCGCUGGGACAUCCGCUGCCGUUGCCCGAUUGGGCAGCCGGCUGUGAUGAUGAAUACGCCAAAGGCGUACUGCAUUUCGAUUCGGUUUGGGAAUAUGAAGAUCUAAAUGCGAUUAUUGAGACGAAAUUACAUCGUAUGCUCGAGGAGACACAUUACGAUACCGUCAACUUAUUUGUGGACUUUUAUCGCGCCUUCAAGCGUACACGUCGCUCGGAUCUCAAGUCGUUCUUCCAAUUCUACGAUUUGCCCAUAAACAGGCGUCAUCACAUGUGUGUCUCAUUGGCUAUGGAGAUAGUGACACGCAUUAUUGAGAUCUUUCCAGUGCUACAACAUUAUUUGUAUUUAGUUUCGUGCGAAGAACAGGUCAUGUCGCAAAGUGACUACAUUGAAAGCACCGAUGAAGUGGGCGGUUUGAACUCGCCACAUGCCAACGUCGAAAAGGAACACGCUAUGGUUGCUAUGAAGAUUUCGAUUGCCGGACGUGAAGGUGUUAUGAUAUUGGAUCCGGGUUAUCACAUUGGACGCGCUGUUACCGUGAUGUCCGAUCAAAUGUACCCACAUACAGGUUGGUUCACACAAUCGAAAGAAGCGCGUCUGCAACGUGACUACUGCUACAAUUAUUGUCUGCAAAACAAGAAGUUCGUUGAAUGGAUGGAACGUGAAACACGCGGCGAUGAGCAAUCAUUCAAAUCGUCGCUCAUCUACGUCGAACAGCCCUAUGUGACGGCGAUCGAUGUGACAGUGCGUCGCAAUCUGGUGUAUAACUUCCGCUCGUUGUUGUCGCGUGACGCCAAAGGACGUGUGUUUGCGGGCAUUUACCUACCGGUUGUGCCAAACUGCAACGAGUCACAUUUCACUCUCUUCUAUGAUGGACCAAAUGAUCAACGCAUAAAAGUGAAAUUCAUGUUCAAUGUUUUCAAGCACCCUGGAAAGAUUCCCGAUAAUGUGCAGCAACAUUUGUGCAAACUGGCACCGCAGUUAAAUAUGAAAGAGAAGGAGCUCACCGAACUCUGUAAAUCCUUAGCCGAUGUCAUCAACGAUCAAGAUUUCAUACAACAAUUAUUGUCCAUUAAUGAGGAUAUCGGCGUUAUGUCAGCUGAAAAUUGACAAUUAAAGGAUAAAAAGGUCGAUGCUAACCUAAAAGGUGUGGACGAACACAAAUCACAUAAUGCAAAUGGCACGACUGCAAUAACAACGUCAUCAGUGGGCGGACAUACGAGUGCCAGCUCGUCAUAAACUUAGAUAUUUUGUCUGCAACUUAAUUAUUCCUCAUUUCACACAUAUAAAAAGUUAAAGUAGAACAAAAAUAACAAAAAAAAAAAAAACAUAUAUAAGCAAGAAUUCUUCAUAAUGCACUUAGAUGAAACAACAAAAUUAAAGCAUGAAAAAUUAAGUAUAUACAAAUAUACGGGGUUACUAGUUUACUGGUAGUUUGACGACAUUUAUUCUUAACUUAAAACAAAAAUUAUUCCACACAUAUAAACAAGUUAACUGUAAUAAAAAUAUUAUGUGCUAUAUACAUACUAUAUGCAAAGUACUGGGGAAAAGCAAAUGUCAAUCUUUAGAGAUUAUUUAACACUAUAUACACAACCAUUAGAAUGUUACAAUUUGUAUUCACACAGCUAAAAUAUACUUUUGCCCAUUUAAUUGUUUAGUUAA